AUGGGAAAUUGUCUUAAGAAGAAGAAACUUGAAGAUCCCAACAGAGAUGAUGCUCGACCACCAACUGGGGUCCGAAUUUCACUGCAGCAGAAAAAUUCUGUACCAAUCCAAGGGAGGAAUUCAGAGGCUCCUAUGACAGUUCAAGGGAGGAAUUACACUUCAAUUCAAAAAAGGAAUCCAACGAGAAAAAGGCGUCCUCGAGGCAAGAAACAUGGUCCAAAUACUCAAAGAGAUCGGUCAUUAGCAAGGGCUAUCAAGAAAGAAGAAGUUCUUCAUGCUUACAGGCCUACGCAAUUCAGCUACAAUGUGUUGCACGCUGCCACUAAUAAAUUCAGUAACAAAAAUUUGAUUGGAAGAGGUGGUUUUGGUGAUGUUUUUAAAGGAUGGAUCCAUUCAUGCGCAAAGACUCCAGCAAAACCAAAUGAUGGGCAAGCAAUCGCUGUCAAGAGGCUCAGAAACAAGCAACCACAAGGCCAUGAGGCAUGGCAGAAUGAACUGAACUUUUUGACCAAAAUAAGUCAUCAAAAUCUAGUCAAGCUGAUCGGAUAUUGUUGUGAGUGUGAACAUAAGAUUUUAGUAUAUGAGUAUAUGCCCAAGGGAAGCUUGGAUGCUCAUCUCUCCAAAGAGAGGGAUACAGAGCUAACCUGGGGGAGAAGAAUCAAAAUAGCAGUUGGGGUAGCCAGGGGUUUAGAUCAUCUUCACACUGUUCCGAGGCCAAUCAUUCAUCGGGAUCUAAAGACCUCCAAUGUCCUGCUUGAUGCUGACUUCAACCCCAAGCUUUCAGACUUCGGACUUGCUAAAUAUGGUCCUCAUGAUCAUGAAACCCACGUCUCCACAAGGGUACUCGGCACCAAAGGAUAUGUCGCUCCUGAAUACAUUGGAACAGGGCAUCUCACAUUGAAAUCCGACGUGUACAGCUUUGGAGUAGUGCUACUAGAGAUCUUAUCCGGCUCUUCUGCAGUGGAUAGAUUCUCAAAUGGAAUGUUAGAGAAUCUGGCUGAUCAUGCUAAACCAUAUCUGAGCAAUAAGCUGCGACUGCCUCAUGUUAUUGACAAAAGACUUGGGAGCAAUUUCAGCAUGGAAGAAGCUCAAGAGUUGGCUGAGAUAAUCCUUCAAUGUCUAAAUUCAGAUGCCAAUAGUCGGCCGACCAUGACCGAGGUCUUGUCUUCCCUGGAGCAACUAGAGCAACACAGGGACAGCAGCAAACAUAACUUACGCGGACUUGCUGCACCCCAGAAGGUCCUCCCACUUAACUUCCACAGAGACAUCAAGGAAAAUCCUGUGAGCUAA